CGGGUCGUUGAAGAGGAAACUUCCAACGUACUUUGACGAUAAGUGUUAAAACAGCAGCAGAACCUUUACUGUGAGUUUUUGGAGGCUUUUUAAACUUUAAUUAAGUUGCUUUCAGUUUAAAUUUGACAGUUAACGGCUGUCUUGUUAAAAGGGAAUAAACUACGAGGCUAUUUCUGAGCAGUCGACACCGUUAGCGGCCACAAAUACAAGCAUACCAACUGAUAUCUCGAAUUUGACAGUUUAAAUUAAUGCUACACCUGUUUCUCUCAACCUAAACGAUGGAGAACUUCAUCCUGUAUGAGGAGCUCGGGGCAGGAAGCAGCUCUAUUGUCUAUAAAGGAAGAAAGAAGGGAAGUCUCAACUAUGUGGCUAUCAUCUGCACAGACAAAGCGAAGAGGACAGAAAUCACUAACCAUGUACGUCUCAGCCGUGAUCUGGAGCAUCCAAAUAUCAUUUCUUUCUAUGAGUGGUAUGAGACAAGUAGCCACCUGUGGCUGGUAGUAGAGCUCUGUACAGGUGGUUCCCUGGAGUCUAUAAUUGCUCAUGAUGGAUGUCUGUCAGAAGAUGUGGUGAAAAGGUUUGGAUGGGACUUGGUCAAAGGUCUGAAACACAUCCAUGAAUUAGGAAUCAUUUUCUCUGACCUGACCCCUGCUAAGGUCCUACUGGAUGGUAGUGGCAUUCUGAAGUUUGGGAACUUCUGUUUGUCCAAGGCAGUUGGAGAGACACUGGAAGAUUUCUUUAUGUUGAUUUCUACAUCUGAGGAAGCAACAGAAGAAGAUAACAAGGAGAACUUUGACAACCUGAGGAAGCGGUUACAAGGUUCUCCAACUUAUACUGCCCCAGAAGUUUUGCUGGGAUCAGAAACCGAUUUGAGCUCUGAUCUCUGGGCUCUUGGUUGUGUCCUCUACUACAUGUACACUGGUAAGCCUCCUUUCAGCUCCGACAGCCACACUGAGCUCACAGAGAUGAUUUUGCAUCAGGAUCCGCCACCUCUCAGACAGACAGUGUUUUCUGAAGGACCUCCCAGUCAGGACUUCCAGAGUCUUCUGAAAAGUUUACUCAACAAAAAUCCAGAUAAGAGGAUGGACUGGCCAGAGUUGCUAGAUCAUCCUUUUUGGACAGAAAUACGAAAGGAAGAGGAGGACGCAGAAGAAACUGAAGAGGAGGAUGAAGAAAGUGAAGAGGAGAGAAAAAGCCCUAAUUUAAGACACACAGGGCCCUGGGACCUUUUCCCUCCAGGACAGGCAGACAAUCCUCCCAACAGCCACUCCACCAUCACUCAGCCAGCCUGCAGGAUGUCUAAAAAACUCAUUUCAUCACAUGCAGCAACUGACAGACCAACUGAAAGAGCCACUGGUAGCCAACAGUCUGUCAAACACACAUCCUGUGGAGCCUUAAGGAACAGCUGGGCCCUGGAUCGGGAAGUGGGAAAGGAGAAAAGAGGAGAGAGGGAGGCAAACACUGAAGAUGACCUGAAGCUCAGUGGAACUCAGCAGAUGGGCAACAGUCUGCAGUGCAAUAAGUCAUUCACACGAGAUAAAGUAUCAGAGCUCAAACCAAAGAGUGGUGUAGACGAGGACAACACUGAGGCCAUUUUUCUGCUCAGCUCCUGUGCAAAUUCAAGAAGAAGCUGCAGUGCAUCAGAUUCUCCAAACCAGAACCAAGCACCUCAGGCCAAUAAUAGAACCAACAUCACAUGCUGUGUGAAGGAUCUUCUCCAUACUGACUCUGAUCUGAUUGUCUCUCCAAUUAUUGACAACCCCAAGAUUCUCAAGAUCACUCCUGUACGAUUUGAUCCUAAAACCCUUUGUGUACCGGCAUAUUCAGUUGAGAAGCUGCGGUCUUUGAGUGAUGAAGAGUGGACCGUCUUCCUCUCGCAGCUCUGUUCAUCCCUUGAAGAACAGAAUCCCUCCACUUCUCACUUCUCUUCUAGUGCUCCUUCCUCCACAGCCAUCCGGUCCAGACUCAACCUGCUGUGCUACCUCUGCUGUGUGGUUGGACACAAAGUUAUUGCUAACAGGCUGAUUAACUCAAAAUUGCUUCUAGUGUUGACCCAGCAGUUGCGACAAGCUCCUAACUGGGAUGUGCGGAACAAGGUUCUCAGAGCGAUGGGUCUACUGGCUCUGCACUGCAGUGACCUUGGAGAGGACAGCCCUGUUUCUGAGGCUGUGUCCGCACUGACAGACCUGCUGAAGGAAAACCUGAAGAACAGUAAAAUAAAGCAGUUCCUGCUGCCACCACUUGGGGAGUUCCUCUACCUCAUCUCCUCUCAGGAGGAGAAGAGAGGCUCCCCAGAGGGACUGUGGUUCGUUCCCGCUGCCGCCUACACUGGCUUAAUGAGGAGCCUGCGGGAAGGGGAUGAUUCUGUAGUUCAUCAUAUGGCUGCUAAAGCCAUAGAGAACAUCUCCACCACUGUGUCUGGCCCAUCCCAUCACCUGGCUACCACGGAGAUGGGCUCGGCCCUCUGGUUCCUGUUCACUCACUCCACUGUGGAAGCUGUCAGAGUUACUGCUGUUUCUUCUCUUUCUAGGCUGAGCCGGGUAGUCCCAGCAGUCUUCUUGGCAGUGAUUGAUACCUGUGGCCCUGUGGCCAUCUUGGAGACCAUAGGUGGAGCAGGGGCCAGAGUGCAGCAGCACCUGCUCACUGCUGUGGCCACUGCUUUACUCAGCUCACGUAUCCAAACACACCGCAUCACACAAAGCAGGGAUUUGGUGUUGAAGGUGCUGCGCUGUCUAGAGAGUCCGUCAACAGUAACAAGAGCCAAGGCGUUGCUCCUACUGCUGCUACUAAUGCAGGACAACACACACACUCUGCUUUACUGCUGCCAACACAGACUUGUGAUGUACCUGGAGAGAGACCUGCGGAAAGCCACACCUCUCCGAGAGAAUCCCAGCCAAUCAGGAUACCUGCCUCAGUGCCUGGAUGCACUGAUUGUGUAUCUGAGUAGCACAGCACCAGUGAUAAUGGAGGACGUCUUAUCUGUCCUGAGAGGUGUGAUUGGGAGGAAACAUCCAUCUACAGCUCAGAGUAAACAACUUAAACACACUCUACCUACUGUGUCUGUGGUGCUGGAACUUCUUUCAUCUCAGGUCUUCAGAUCUCAAAUUGUAACCGAAGAGUUCCUGAUGCAUAUUGGAUUGCUGCUGAACUAUAUUGCCUCUGUAGAGUCCAACGAAACAAAUCUGUCCGGCGCUGUGGGUGCAGCAAUAUGUGAAGACUUGAUUAGAACAACUCUGUCCAUUGUGGAAGUCCUGAGUCAGCACCAUGCCCUCAUCACUCCAUAUCACAGUGCUGUUGUGGACGCCAUCCUGCCUCCUCUGACAACACUGGCUUUCAGCAGAAAUGCUGAGUGGUCAGUGUUUGUUUUGAGGGUUCUGUCUGAACUCAGUCUGGUCCUGCUGGCUGAGGACGGUGAUGACACAGAGAACAAUAAGGAAACGGAAAGAAGAGAAGACGAAAGCUCCUGUAGUCAGAUUUUAUCUCACAUCACUACAUCUCUGCUUUCAAGGUACGAAGCUCUUCUUCGUGCAGCAGAGCCGAUCCCACUUCAUGCACUCAAACUGCUCGUAUCGAUGACUGAACACAACACUCAGAUCUGCAGGUUGAUCAAACAUAGUGGGAUCCUACCAAUAGUAUUUCAGCUCAUUAUGGACAACAAUAGUAAUGUCACCAGUGGGAUGGUCCAGAAUGCAGUCGUCUUGCUGUGUAAUCUUAGCGGAGACUCAGUCGUUGAUCAGCACCCACUAUAUCAGCAAGGGCUUGUAGAGGUGGUGGUGAGCACCUUCUCAGAAGCUGCACUGAUCCACCUGGAUGGAGAGGGGCAUGCUGGGAGGAAGGUCAGCCAUUCUGUGUUGCAAGCCCUUUUGGAAUUGCUUCACAACAUCCUGAAGCAAACAUCAACCAUUGUCCGCGUCGCGCUGCAGAGCCAGAGGCUAUCUUGUCCAGCACUGGAGACGGAGGCAGCAGAGAAGCUGCUUCUGGCCAACAGACCCCUGAGCCAGCUCAGCUCACACCUCAUUCACAUGCUGUCUACUGAAAACCAGGAGUUGUGGGAGGAGUGUCUUCAGUGUCUCUCCCUUUUGGUCCAGCUAUAUGGAGGAGAAGGUCAUGACUGCCUGUCGCCUUCCUGCUUACAAAGCUUCUCACACAUGCUGCGAACACACCUGCGAUAUGAAACUCCCCGAAUACAACGCACAGCUCUCAGGAUCAUCAAACGACUGGUGCAGACUACAGACAGAUGCGAUUGGUCAGAAUGCCCUGAAGGAGCAGCACUAAUGAAGCUACUGCAGGAUAUGACCACGUCCAACAGACCAAAGAACUACAGACUCUUCACAACCUGCUCAAACUCUUGGUACAGGACCUCACCACACGGGUCAAGAAGGUUUCUAUCUCAUUUCUACUCUGAAGCUCACCUUCUCCUGCUCAAACUGCUGACAAAUGUUUCUGCUGCUCUAAAGUCUGGUCUCCAGAACUUCCUAAAAACUCUCAAAGUCUCUUCUGCUGCAGGUUGCUUUGUAGAACUGUUCCAGAAAACCUCACUAAACCACAUGGAGGGGCCUCAAGAUAGUCGUACAAAUGAAACCAUACAAAAACCAAACUAGCACAACCCAAACGCUAAAGUCUCCUGCAGCCUACCAGAGAACCUCUGAGAACAGAGAAUCAGGACAGGAACUCUUACCUUCUGGACAACCAAUGUUGGUUCUCAAACAAGAAUACAGAAUGUGUCUGACCAAAAACCUCUAAAGACUCACUACAGCCAAGAUAAAGACACAACUCAGCUGCACCAAAUCCACUAAUCACUGCACACAUUAGCACCAUGUGCGAACUGUGGCUAAAGAACCACAUUUACCAAGACAACUAUCCAGUACAAAGCCCUAAAACACACCAAGAAACACAUUAAAGAUGAUUUUACUGCUGGAAGCUGCAAGCCAACGCCUAAAGAACAAACUAAAGCAAUGGAGUCAAACCCGGUUCAGUGGUGAAGAGAAGCAGAGGAAAUGUUUGUCUGCAGCCACAUAAAGCAGGAAGACACUGAGCUGCUCAGGUGUUCCUAAUAACACCAAGCAGCCACCUGGACAGCCAAUAGGAACACAGCUUACUGGAAGUCCAGAGGGCUGGGUUAGUGAAGGGAAUUUAGUUUAAAGUUGAAGUAGAAAGUUAACAAAGAAAGUUGAAAACCACCUUCUGAUACCUGAAAUCUCUGAGUUUUCACACAAAGAACACCUGAACAUGUCAAACUGGUUCCAUAGUAGAACCAUCAUUGUAAAAAUGUCAUAGUAUGGUGUGUUGCUCAAAAAACAUUAGGACCCGGCUGUCUUGGGUCGCCGAGGAGCAACACAAAAACAGGACAAACGCUGGUUUCCAGGGGGUCAGGCGGCUAUUUAUUUGAAAGAGUAAGUUUACAACAACACAUGUGAGCCGAAAAAUCACAAAGUCUGUCUUUAGUUCAGCUGAAAAUAUCAGUUUUUGUCUUUUUUAUUGACCAAACUUUUCAGGAGGUAGAGGAAGAAUAAUUAAAGCUCUCAUGUAGAAGUCCAACUUGUUUUGGAUCCUUGUGUAGAGUUUAAUCUUAGAGUUUGUAAAGCUGUUGAGUUUUUAGAGUCACAUGGAUUGUUUUGACAUUUAAUAACCGAGUCCUGAAAUAAAAUUACAGUUGUGGAUUUCUGUCAUUUAGUCUGGACUAAACAAAUAACAGCAGCAUAAAUCUCAAACGUCAUUAUGAGAAGUCUGGAUUGAGGUUUCUCACUUGAUAAUGAUCAAAACAUGAAAUUUAGGUUGGUUUAAAGGAAUAUUCUACCUUAAAUCUUUGAAUGUUGACCUAAAAGGUUGGUUUCAGGAAGUAUUCCACCUACAAGGUCCUCACACAUCCACCUUAAAGGAACAUUCCACCAAAAAUCCUUGGACAUGCACCUAAAAUGUUGGUUUAACCGAGUGUUCCAUCCAAAAUCCUCAUAGAGACCUGAGGGGCUGGUUAAAAGGAAUAUUCCACCUAUAACCCCAAAUAUAGACCCGAAAGGGUGGUUUAGAAAAAAUUCUUCAAUGUAGACCAAAAAAGUUAGUAUGGAGGAAUAUUCCACCUGAAAUGUAGACCUGAGAAGUUGGUUCGGAAGAAUAUACCAUCCUAAACAUCCUUAAAUGUAGACUAAAAGACUGUUUGGAAGAAAAUUCCACCUAAAAUCCUCCAAUGUAGACCUAAAAGGUGAGUUUAAUGGUAUAUUCCACCUAAAAUUCACUACUGUAGACCCUGGAGGUUGGUCUGAUGGUAUAUUCCACCCAACAUCCUUGAACAGAAACUUAAAAAGUUUGUUCAAAGGAAUAUUCCACCUAAAAUCCUUCAAUGUAGACCAAAAAAUAUUGGUGUAAAAUAGUAUUCCACCUUAAAUGUAGACCUAAAGGAUGGUUUGGAGCAAUAUUCUACUCUAAAAUCUUCCAAUGUAGACCUAAAAGGUUUAUCUGAUGGUAUAUUGUACCCAACAUCCUGGAACAUUUACCUAAAAGGUUGGUUUAAUGGUAUAUUCCCAGAAGAACCCUUGAACAUUAGGCUUAAUGGUAUAUUCCACCCAAAAUACUUGUAUAUAUACCAAGAAGCCAGUGUAAAGGAAUUGUAGACCUAAAAGGAUUGUUUAAAGGAAUAUUUAAACGAUUAUUUUCAUUAUUUAAUAAUCUGUUAUCAGUCAGAACCCUGGCAAACUUAUUUUCAUGAGUUUUUUAGUGGAAGUCACAAAUAAAGGAGCUCUUGGUUUUUCCUGCGUUACUGAGUCAAAAGCUGCUGUUUCAACACAGAACGUUCACAUGCAUCCACAAACCUCUAAGCACUCAAACAUCCACAGACAGGAGGCCGGCUGGACCGAGGCUCGGCGGCGUCCUCAAACCCACGAGUCGGGGAGUCGGUGAACUUGUUGGUCCGGUUUGAAGGCCUCCAUGUGGUCCAGUAGAAGUCCAUGUAGUCGGUGUUGGCUUUGAACCGCAGCGACUGGCCGCCAUCAGGUGGACCGGCUCGUCCUCGUAGGGCUCCUCCUGUAGCCUUGAGGGGACCACAGGAACAUUCAGUAGCUGUUGGAGUUCUUCCUGUCAGGCUCGUGGUAGAACGGCUCUGAAGAAUCUUGUACUUGUCUUAUCUGGAACAAUCUAACAGCCUAAACUGUUAACAGCGGUGUAAAGAAGCAAACACACAGGCAUAGAUUAGGACUCAAACUAGAUUUAUUUUAGAAAACAAAUCAGCUUAGAGGCAUUUGUUCACACGUGGCUGAAUAGGAGGCCGUCCAAUCAGAUUUGAGGUCUUCACUCUGUAGGUUGUUUGUUUGGUGAGACUCUUGGACCUCCAUCAGCUGACGUGGAUGUUUGAUGGUCUUCCUCUCUAGUGCCAGAUGAUUCAUCCAUGAAUUCAGCAGCUACAGACUGAAAUGAAGCUCAUGCUGCCGUUAUUGAAUUCCUGUUCCAGAUCAAAUGUUCAGAGCUCACCUUGAAUGCAGCCGUCUGCUGUCUGAUAGUUUUUCUCAUUGUAGUCUUCAAUAAAGUCUUUUUCCUCAUGUCA